AUGUUGUUCCAGGCUGAUCUGAUCAUCUGGGAUUAUGAGAAGAGAGCGAUCCACGCCAGACUACAGCUCCACAAAGCGAAGGUGGAGGGACUUGCCUUCUCCCCCAAUGACAAGUACCUUGUCUCCCUGGGUGGACAGGAUGAUGGAAGCAUUGUGGUGUGGAACCUUGAGAGCAAAGAAGCGAUCUGUGGGAGCCCGGCCUCUGCCCACAGUGCAGGCCACUACCUCACCAUCGAGUACACCAACCACAGCGACAACAUCUUCAUCUCCGCCGGCAAUGGUACGAUGCGUGUUUGGGAGGUAGACCUUCCAAAUAGGAAGAUCCGGCCUACGGAAUGCCAGACAGGACAACUGAAGAGGAUUGUCAACUGCAUUGAGGGUGUGAACACACUGAAGGUGAUGAAGUCUGGGGACAUCCUGGUGGGCUCUGGGGAUGGCAUGUUCACUUUGUGCUCAGGACCUAACUUCAAAACCAUCAAGAAGGUUGAGUUGGAGGGGGGAGUGACGUUCAUCGCUGUGAGAGGCGAGGGCCACCAGUUCUUUGCAGGAACGGAGGCGGCUCAGAUCUACCGUCUCGGCUACACAGACUUCAGAGAGGAGCUGAUCGCCACCAGUCACAACAGUCAAGUCAACGACGUGGCCUUCCCUUUUGGCACGUCGGAGCUGUUUGCCACGUGUUCCCAGGAUGACAUCAGAGUGUGGCACGCAGAGACCUCCAAGGAGCUGCUGCGGUUCUCCGUCCCCAACAUGAGCUGCAACGCCCUGGACUUCAUGAUCGACGGACACAGCAUCAUCAGUGCCUGGAACGAUGGGAAGAUCCGUGUGUUUGCCCCAGAGACUGGCAGAGCCAUGCUGGUCAUCCCCAAUGCCCACAGCAUGGGCGUGACUGCCAUCACUGGCACCAGGGACUGCAAGAGGAUCAUUAGUGGAGGAGGAGAGGGACAGGUGCGUGUGUGGGAGAUCCUCCAGGGCUGUCCCUGGCUCAUUGAGACCAUGAAGGAGCACAAAGUCACCAUCACCAGCAUCAAGAUCAAGAGCAACGACAAGGAGUGUGUCACCGCCAGCUCGGGCGGGGCCUGCAUUAUCUGGGACUUGGUGCAUUUUGUGAGGAAUCAGAUGGUCCUGGCCAACACUCUGUUCAGCAGUGUGUGUUACCACCCCGAGGAGUACGAGAUCAUCACCAGUGGCACCGACAGAAAGAUUGGUUACUGGGAGGUGUAUGAUGGCUCAGCCAUCAGAGAACUGGAGGGCUCCCUUUCAGGAGCCAUCAAUGGCAUGCACAUCUCACAGGACGGGCAGCACCUUGUCACUGGUGGAGACGAAAAGUUGGUGAAAGUGUGGGACUACUCAGAGGGCGAGUUGACCCACGUAGCCUUCGGCCACAGCGGCAGCAUCACCAGCGUCAAGAUUUCCACCAACAACAGGAGCAUGGUGAGCGCCAGUGUCGAUGGGGCCGUGCUCCGGUGGAGGUACCCCCACCCCUCCUCUCCCUAGAGCGCCUUCCGGAGGCCAGGAGAACAGAGGGUCAAAAAAAACAUGACCCUAUGGCCUUUGACCCACACACCCUACAAACUUUUUACUUUUGAACUUGACCCUGCCCAGUCCCAAUAUACACCUGUCCCCACACCAAACAACUCUGAAGAACUCAUGAACACUGAACAUGCCCUUAACUCAUGAACAUCCCCUUAGUGCUAUCAUAGAGCAAAUGUUUCAUUCAUUCAUGAAAAUAAAUGGAUAUAAUUUUUAUUUGUGCGAUAUUGACUGAAGUAUGCAUUACUAGCUACAUUUUGCUUGUUGAAGGUAAUUGCAUAGUUGUAGUGUGGUAUUCGCCAUAUUCUAAUAAUGUACUGUAUCAACAAACUUGGCAGGCACACAUGUUCUAAUAUGCAUGGAAUUAACCUAAUAAAUUGAUGUCGGGACUCUUAACCUCAUCAAAAAAAAGUUGGAUAUUGUAGUCACAGAACAUUAUAAAGAUACUCAUCUGCUCAUUAUAGCCUUGAAUAGCAUUCUUUCGGAUCUUCUAAGGGAAGAACAGAAGUGAUUGUGUCAUCCCCUUUUUCCCAUUAAUACACAGUGAAUGUAAAAAGGCAGG